UUCAGGCACUUUAAGGUAACCAAGUUGCCUACCCUGGAACCCAGUUCAACAUGUCGCUGCCACCACCUACUGUUGGAAGUAAUUCUUUGCCUAAUUUACCUGACAAAGAGACUCUUUGGCAACAAACUUAUCUCGAGGCAUUCCAUCAAAAUUAUGAUUCAGUUCAACGUUGGACAAAAUGGAAGGAGGACCAUGAGCAAGUCAAAACUACUUUGUCUGCUUUGCCAGACAAGCUAUCACAUGAAGUGGUUGUUCCCUUUGGCUCCAAGGCCCUCAUGAAAGCAAAACUAGUGCACACAAAUGAGGUCUUGACAUGUAUAGGAAGUAGCUGGUUUGUGAAACAGUCUGCUAAACAGGGAAUCGCAAUGUGUGAAAGAAGGAUAGUUCAAUCUGAGGAUAUGCUGAAGAAACUGGAAAAUGAAAGAACUCUGUUGACAAAUCGUCAAACAGUUCCAAAGGUGGAAGAAGCUUUUCCUAGCGACGGCACCGAGGAAAUAGUUGAGGAGUACAAUGAGGAAAUGGAGGCAGAGUGGAGACGGCGCCAUAGAGAAAGAGAAGCUGAAUAUCACCGUAAGCUUGCAGAGCUGAGGAAGAGGCAAACAGAACAGCCUCCAGUGCAAACUGAGGAAGACUUAUUCAGGCGACUUGAUGAGCUGGAACUUGAAGAGGAACUGAAUGACGAAUUGGAAAGGCUUCAUGCUGAAUAUGAAGCAGAUUAUGAAAAUAAUGAUGAAGAAGGGGAAGGUGAAAGCGAAGGAGAUGAGGAUGAGGACAGUGAAGGUGGAAGCGGUGAUGAAAUGGAUGAAAACUACAGUGUUGACCCCAGGAAAGUUACCUUGCUAAAUAAACCUAAAAGUACAAACCAUAAUGAUGGGACAAGAAUUGUAGACAUUGAAGAAGUUGAAUCUCUAGGAAAUGACAGGAGAAAAAAUAAUGAUGUAUCAUGCAGUCUGCAGACCUCCUUUGCUUCAGAGAACUGUCCUGAGCUUAUGAAAAAGAACAGGAGGAUAUCUUUUGCUGAUGAGACUCAAAUUCAACAACAAACAACAAAAAAUGAGUAUGAAGAUGAAAGUAUCUACAUCAGAUUUAAUCAUUCGUCAGAACUUUCAGAUCAGAUGUCCAGAAAAACUCUUGAAGCUCCUUUAGAAACAGUUGGAACACCUAUGUACAACACUCCAGCUGACAUUUUUACUGUUCAUAAAGCUCAAUUUGUAAGCCCUCAGCCUAAGUCCAUAUUAAAGAAAAGCUCAUCAUAUCCCGACAAAUUUUCAGACAAAAGUCAGAGAAAACCAGUCCAAUCUUCAGCAUCAUUUGGGGCAAGAUUUGGUAUGAGCUUGUCUGACUCUGAUGAAGAUUUGGCCAGUGAUGAACCAAGAAGAGACCUCAGUCACUUGCCUCCAGUUUUGUGCAACGUGCAAGAGUCCUCUGGUCAAGCACCUCCUGCCAGUUCGCAGGAAACUUCCAGCAGACCUGUGAGCCGCUUCAAACUGGCAAGGCAAGGAGCCAAGAGACAAUAAAUCAGACUGAACCAACAAAUCGCUUGUGUCAUAUCAAUGAAAUCCUGUUACAAAUAAACGCUCUAUUUUUUUAA